AUGGGUGCCUCAGGAAAAUGGGUAAAGGCUUUAAUCGGACUCAAGAAAACAGACAAAGACGAACAUGUGAAAGAGGGUGGCAAGAGCAAGAAGUGGAGGCUAUGGAGGAGUUCCUCUGGGGAUAUGGGCUCUUGGAAGGGUUUCAAAGGAAACCACCAGAAAGCAGCUUCUGAAGGGUCUGAUUCUCCACCUCUUGUAGCAGCAGAUGCUUACACAGCCGCAGUAGCGACUGUGGUUCGAGCUCCACCUAAGGAUUUCAGACUCGUCAAACAAGAAUGGGCCACUAUAAGAAUCCAAACUGCUUUCCGUGCCUUCUUGGCAAGAAGGGCUUUGAGGGCAUUGAAGGGAGUGGUGAGGAUUCAAGCUCUUGUGCGGGGGAGACAGGUGAGGAAACAAGCUGCAGUGACAUUGAGGUGCAUGCAAGCCUUGGUACGGGUUCAGGCCCGUGUAAGAGCUCGUCGUGUGAGGAUGUCCAUAGAGGGGCAAGCUGUGCAGAACAUGCUUAAUGAAAGGCGCAGUAAGCUUGAACUUUUGAAGCAAGCUGAGAAUGUGCAGGAAGGAUGGUGUGACAGCAGAGGGACGUUGGAGGACGUUAAAGCAAAGAUACAGAUGAGGCAAGAAGGAGCUUUCAAAAGGGAAAGAGCAAUUGCUUACUCUCUUGCUCAAAAGCAAUGCAGAUCAACCCCAAGUAAUUCACGAACUGAUGGCACUUUUUCCUCUCUGAAGAGUCAUGAGAUUAACAAAGCUAACUGGGGGUGGAACUGGUUGGAGCGUUGGAUGGCAGCCAAGCCUUGGGAGAGUAGAUUGAUGGAACAAUCUCAGGCAGAAGCCUUUUUAGAUAAAACCCCACCUCCAAAGAAGUUUGAGGAAUCCUUUGUCAGCUCUAAUUCCAAACCAUGUUUAGUCAAAGUCAAGAAGAACAACAUGACAACAAGGGUUUCUGCUAGGCCCUCAAGUCCAAGUUCUGAGUUUCGAUAUGAUGAGAGUUCUGCAUCUUCUUCCAUUUGUACAUCUACAACGCCAAUGUCUGGGAACACUUGUGACAGGACUGAGGAUAGUAAUGGUAAUGUUGUUGCUAGGCCUAAUUACAUGAACCUGACUCAGUCCACAAAGGCAAAGCUAAAGACAAGUAGUAAUCAUGUGUAUAAUAGAGCUCAAAGGCAACAGUCCAUGGAUGAGUUUCAAUUUCUCAAGAGGGCAGCGGUUUUCUCUAAUGGAGAUUCCAAAAGCACUGCAGGUUCUGACCCUUCAAUAAACUCUUCUACGCCACUUCACGUGGACAAGAGCUCAGUGAGGCCACGGUGA